CACACACACACACACACACACACACACACAACACAAAUACAAUACUCCACCCACCCAAAAUUCUCUCCUUGUAUUGUAACCCACUUCUGAUCUCUCUCCUUUCUCUUUGCCCUUGGAUUCUUUGACCACACCGCAGUCAACAUUCUAUCGUACGCUUAAGGCGCAUCGUUGGUCUCACUGAGCAACAGGGGAAAGAACAUUCAAUUUAGAAAUCCUGUGUUCUGAUGAAGUCCCAUUAUAUACGUACAGCUGCAAUUCUGUGCUAGAAAUCUAUUGCUCUGCUGGAAGUACAAACUGUAGGAUUCCUUAGACAUCAUAUUAUAUGGUGUACAGGAAAGCCUUAGAAUUCUCUAUUGCUGAAAAAACAAUCACAAAUUAAUGUUGCUCCAGGCUUGGAUUUUCGACAAUACUGCAUUUAUCUUGUGAAGUCCUGAUGCUGCAGUUCAUUCUGAGGAUACCAUAACCUUGUAGGAUUCUGAAUACAAGAUUAUGGGACAUAGGCACCUGAUGAAUUCAUCAUUGCAAAUGUUCGAGAUGAACCAAGAACAUUAUGGAAGUCACGGAACUGCUGAACAGUCUCAUAUUCAUAUGGAUAUCUUCUACGUAGAAAUAUCCGUCUUAAUUUUUCAAAGACGGGCUGUUGCUCCAGCUAAUGGUUCUUUGUUUUAUCCAAUGGAGAAUACACCAAUGGGUGGAGCAUACUCUGCCUCUCAGCAGGACUUAGGAUCCAGGCCAGUUGAACAUUCCUUAUCAAAUAUCAGAUUGGAAGGGCCUCCUCCCUCUCAGACAGUUGUGUCGGGCCCAACUUAUGAUCCUUCCCAGCAAUUUCAUUCUGUUGGAAGUUUUUAUCCGGCUCCGGUGAAUAACACUGAUCAUGCUCAUACAAGCUACUACAACAGGAAUUCUAUCCAUAAUAUUGAUAAUGGUUUAACAACUCAUACAUCAGGCAAUGAUAGAGGUCCAUUUGAAAGAAAAAGGCCCAGAAUUCCUGUAGCCAGUGAGAUCAGUGGCAGCACAAGCACAUUCAGUGCUGCUGGAAGUUCCUCAACUUCCUCUGGAUAUCAGCUGGAGAAACCUACUCCAGACCAUCAAAAUUAUAGUUCAAGUUCUGUUGGCUUGCCUCACUACCAUGCUGACAGCCUCCCAAUUGGCGGUGAAGGUUUUCCAAGGAAUGUCAGAAGCCGAUUAAGACUUGAUUUGGAACCUACCCCAAGGAGAACUUAUAUGCCAAACUGUUCUUCUCAUUACUGCCACCCAAAUGCAUAUUUAACGAACCAUUCUGGGCCAGAUGACAUUCCUAAUUCAAAUGUUGGGACAACUGCCCAUGAGCAGAACCAUAUUCCAUUGUUUGCUGCAAAUGGAAGGUCUUCAACCUCAGAAAACAAUGGCAUAAGCCAUCAGAUGAACCAGUUUCUCAUUGAAGGAAGUACUGCUGAGAAUAACGGGUAUCGCCGUGAUCCCAUUUCAAGCAGAAACCCUAUUUUGCCACCGCAACAUCAUCAUAGGUUCCAAACUCACUUGGCAACAGAUGGCCGCAUUAGUUAUCCUCAAAGGUCUAUACCCCCAUACCAAGCUAGUUCAAGUGCUCCCCGGUGGCGACAUGAAGCAGGUCCCUUGGGAAAUGGUCCAGAGUUCCUCUCUGAAACAUAUACCUCCAGAUAUAUGAGGCCUCCAUCUGCUGGAGGCAGGCGUCACAGUCACAGGGAUGGAAGGUCGAGAACAACCAUUGAGAGAUCCGAGUCUUUUUACGAUGCUGCUGCAGAUAGCCAUGAUGGAAUGAGUUCUGAGGCUUUCAUGAUGGUUGAUCGCUCAUCUUUCUAUGGUUCCAGACAUUUGUUUGAUCACUAUGGCGACAUGAGGCUUGAUGUAGACAACAUGACUUAUGAGGAACUACUUGCUUUAGGUGAAAGGAUAGGAAAUGUCAACACCGGUUUGUCUGAAGGCAUGAUUUCAAAUUGUUUGGUAGAGAAAACAAGCUCUUCAACAGACCAUGACCUAGAGGAAGCAAGCUGUCCUAUCUGCCUUGAAGGGUACAAGAGCAAGGAUGAAGUUGGGACUAUAAAGAACUGUGGUCACGAUUACCAUGUCAGCUGCAUCAAGAAAUGGUUGCUGAUGAAGAAUGCCUGCCCAAUCUGCAAAGCCCCUGCUUUGUCAGAUAGUUUGAAGAAGCAAUGACAUGCUUCAAUAUUUUAUGUGAUAAGCUCAUUCGUGUAAUUAUAUUUAUCGAGAUAUGUCAAAAAGAAAAAAAAAAGAAGAAAAUGGAAAUGCAUGGAUUCAUGUAAAAAACUUGGAUUAAUCUAUGUCAAUUCUAUCAAUUUAGUA